AUGAAAUGCCCGGGCUGCUAUAAAAUCACCACUGUCUUCAGCCAUGCACAAACAGUGGUUCUCUGUGUCGGAUGCUCCACUGUACUUUGUCAGCCUACAGGAGGAAAGGCAAGACUUACAGAAGGAUGCUCCUUCAGAAAGAAGCAGCACUAA